AUGGCGCCCGACCGGCCAAACCUAUGGCGAAUACUUUCCGACAGCUCCGGCAUAAUCAGCGCCCACUCCCUUCAUUUCUCGGCACUCUCAAUCCUCUUCAUCUUCCCCUCAUCCUUGGCCAGCGCCGUCUACACCCUGCUCUCCCUCCCCAAUAACCCACUCCAAACCCUCUACCUCCGACUCUUAUCCAUCUUCUCCGCCGCGGACUACCAAAUUCCCGCCGUCGGAGCAUCCCAGCUCCUCUUCCCCCUCAUCUCGCUCUUCUUUACUACCUUCGCCGCCGCUUCGAUCUCCGCCACCACCUUCAACGCUUUCUACGGCAGGCCCGUGGAGCUCAUCGCCGCCCUCAAAUCCGCCCUCGUCUCGUUCCUCCCGCUCCUCGCAACCACUCUCGCCGUCGAGAUCGUAAUCGGAGUGAUCGUCUUCGCCUUCCUAGGUCUGAUUAUCCUGACCAGCAACGGAAUCGCAUCGAUCGGCUUCGACAUCGAUUACUACUAUGAGAACCAAUAUUUUCUGGCGAUUUACAUGGCGAUCGGGGUGCUGCUGGCGGCGCUGCUGAUCUACUUGCAGAUCGAGUGGAGCCUGUCGAACGCGGUGGUGGUGGUGGAGUCGGAUUGGGGAUUGGCGGCGCUGAAGAGGAGUUCGUAUUUGGUGAAGGGGGCGAGAGGCAUCAUGUUCUCGUUCCUGCUCUUCUUCUCAAUUUUGGCGGGUGUUUUGGGGAUUUUCUAUUUCAAAUAUGUGUUGAUUGCAUAUGGGAAUGGGAGUGGCGAUGGAUGGAAUUGUUGGUUGGUUUUCAAGAUUGUUGUUUUUGCUGGGUUUUCCACCCUAUUAUCGCUCUAUAGCAUGGCUGCACUCACCGUUUUCUUCAUCUAUUGCAAAGCCUCGCACCAUGAGUUGCACUUUGAGAUUCAUGCCGGAAAUGGAAAGCUCGGUGAUGACUAUGUUCCAUUGCCUUACGAUGCUAAUGUUGUCUAA